CUUCAGCACCGUCACCAUCGUUGAAUUGAGAGCGCACGACCAUGGAUACGCCCUUCACGUACUGGAUCAACGGCGGCAUGAAGAACCGGGAGCGCAGCGCUCGCGAGGAACUCGAAGUUCUGCAAGGGGCUGCGUUCAACGCGCAAAACCGUGUUGUCGAAGAACAGUCGUUCCGACGCCUCGCCACUCGCCACCAACAAGCCAAGUACACGUCGCCGGAAGGAUUCCCGGAUGUGCCUCGUCAAUACGUCAAGCCGUCGCACUCGACAGAACGAGACUACGCCACGUACGCGGCCAACUCGUACACGUCCGCGAUUGCAAUCACGGAGUUGCUGGGAAAGCGCGAGAUCUAAGUACGCGACGCAUCCGUCUUGGUUGGGUCUAGAUAGGUAUUUGCUUGUGUAGCCAUGCGAAUGUAUCCAUCCUUUCUUCAAACCCAA